AUGAGCUUUCAUGACUUUUUGGACCGAAGUCCCUUGGGGCUUGAAAGGUAUGAUGUCAUAAGGUACCUUGGUUCAGGUGCAACUAGCGAUGUGUUUCUUGUAGUCAACAAAAAGAACAAACGGCUGUAUGUUCUCAAGCAAAUCUCGCUGUCGAAUAUGACGGAAAAGGAUAGAUUACAAAUCAAGCAAGAAAUUUUCGUCAUGGACAAGAUCGACCACCCCAAUGUUGUCAAGUUCAAAGAAAGCUUUACGGGGGAUAGUUCUGUUAAUAUAAUAAUGGAGUACUGUGAGUGUGAUACUUUGGAGCAACUCAUUGAACGACGACGAGGCAAGGGGAGGCCUUUUGCUGAAGACUUGCUUGUCGAAUGGAUGGCAGAACUCCUUUGUGCCUUAGCCUACAUCCACUCCAAGGGUAUUCUUCACCGCGAUAUCAAGACGAGCAAUAUUUUCGUGACAAGAAAGAAUCACUUCAAAUUAGGUGACUUUGGUGUAUCUACCUUCUUGGAAAAUAAUGAAGCAGGAGAUUGGAGGAUGAUAGGGACGCCGCUAAACUUUGCUCCGGAGGUUUGUGAAAGCGCCACUUAUAACGAGCGCAGCGAUGUGUGGAGUCUGGGUGUUGUAUUCUAUGAGAUGUGCACAUUGCGACCCCCCUUCGAGGCUCACAACCUGUUCUCUCUCUUUGAAAAGAUUCUCACCGCCGACGUGGCGCCAUUCCAGCCAGGACUCUCCCUCCGUCUGGAGGAGAUUGUGCGCGAGAUGCUGAACAAGAACCCAGCGCAGAGGCCCACUGCCCAGGAGCUUAUUCAUGAGCACUGGAGGGUGAGCGCGAGCCAUCCAUCCCACCCUUCACAAAACCCACAGCGAGGACGCCUCACACAGCAGCUCUACGGCCCGGAAACCUCCUCUGCGAAGGGCUGGCGGUGCUCCUGCAAUCGGAUGACGGGCACGUCGAUCUGCCCUCGCCGCUCCCGUGGAUCAACCGCGUUGAGGUGUCGGGAAUCCUGA